CAUCUCUCCCACGUAAUCACGAUUUCCCCGAUUUCCUUGAUAACUUUGAUAAUCAAUCAAAAGAUAAAAGAUUGCUCGCUAUUCACAAUCUGCUUAUUCCGUUAUCCUUCAACAUUGUUACGAUUUUCGUAAACAAGUGAUCAUGUAAGCGAGAAAACAGGAAAGUCAACUCGGAAUUCCAAUCAAUCACUGGUAAUUGAGAGCUGGAGAAAUCAAGGAGCUAGGAUCAAUUUCUGAUUGAAUAAGGAUCAUGGCAUCACAUCUUGUAGAUAUUGAAGCAGCCUCCUCCUCCUCCUCAAGUGGUCCAGAUGACCCUGUUUGUUGUCACCAUAGUUCAUCAGAAACCGAUUAUGAGUACGAUCUCCCAUCAACAGUUCGAGUUCUUGAAGGCAAAAAUGGUAACAAAGUAUAUCUGGUUGGCACUGCGCACUUCAGCCGAGAAAGUCAAGAUGACGUCUCAAAGGUCAUUAGAACCGUCCGUCCCAAUAUUGUUGUAGUAGAGCUGUGUUCAGGUAGAGCAGGGAUCCUGCAAAUGACAAACAAAGAAUUCACCGAAGAGGUGAAGAGCAUGUCUUUCUCAAAAAUGAAGAGUAUUAUGGAUGAACAGGGCACCAUUCAAGGCCUCCUUUGUGUUCUUUUGCUACGACUCUCAAAGCAGCUCACUGAAGUUCUAGGCAUGGCACCUGGUGGUGAAUUUAGAAGAGCUUUCAAAGAAGUGUCCAAAAUUCCUGGCUGUAUUCUCCAUUUUGGUGACAGACCUCUUGCAGUCACUAUCAAGAGAGCUGUCCAUUUCUUAUCCUGGUGGGAUUUGAUCUGUUUAUCAUUUUCUCUUAUGUUCACUGAUGACUCGAAAAUCAAUGAAGAAUUUGUUGAGAAAUGCAAGAAUGAUGAUGUGUUAGAUGAAAUGUUCAAAGAAUUAGCCAAAUACUACCCAGGGAUUGGCAAGGUAUUUCUUAAUGAGCGUGAUAUUUAUUUGACCUAUUCUCUUCAAGUAGCUGCUGCUGCCAAACUGCCGGAUCGCUUCCCAGGUAGUGCUGGGCAACCUGCGACUGUUGUUGGCAUUGUCGGAAUCGGCCACUUACCAGGAAUUGUAAAACUGUGGGGAACUGUAACCGAGGAAGAUUUCUUACCUAUUUGUGGAGUACCACCUCCAUCGAGAAGUACCAAAAUUCUAAAGUUUACCAUUAAAUUGUCCUUGGCGGGUCUCGUCGUUUAUGGUGCCUCCAGAUUUUUCCCCUCGUUACUGAGAUUUCGACGGUAGUUGAAGCCUGCUCCUCUACGCUGACAUGCUCCUGCUUCCAGUAUUAAUUUGCAAUUCCCGAGGUGUUAAAUAAAAAUUGCAAGGGUUGCACCAGUCAACAAGCUGCCAAUGCCAAGCGGCUGAUCACAUUUAUGAAGAGCAACUACCCAGCAGAAUGGAGCAAAAUUGCUGCGAAAUACAAAAAAUAACGAAACAAAUUCUCUCUUCGAAGAAGACUGUAAAUAAUUUUAUCCUGGUGGCUCCAAAAUGAAGUUUUUCAACGAUUGACCAAAACUUUUGGGAGCCGUAAAUAGACCUAAUACUUUUCAGUGUGAUGUUCAGUAAAUCAUCAUAUGUUUUUAGAUAAACCCGUCCAUAACUGAAAAAUUUUCAUCUAUUGUUGAAUUUUGAGAGUAUUUAUUCCGAAGCUUGUGUUCAGGAUUAGUAAGUAACAAAUAACAUUCCCAACAGCUUUUCACAGUGCUCAAUAAUUUUGGUCCUUCGCAUUUAAAAUAUUUCAAGGGACCUUUUUUUACCUAAUUAUUUGACCGCAGUGAUUGCUUGAUCAGAUUCCUGGACAUUCCCAUGAUUUAUUGAUUAAAUCCUUUCUUGUUAAAUUUUAAAAAAAAUUCGUCCCAAAAAAUUGAAUUUGAGCAUUCAUGAAUAGACAAUUUAUUUUUGAGACUUUUAAUUUCGAAUUUCUAGAGUUUUUUAAUACGUUUUUAACAUGCCUCUUCGAAGGAACUCGUCGUUCAUGGAAUUAAUGAGUAGCUCAUUUUCAUUCACUCCAUGCUGAUUGUGAGAGCGAUUUUGACCUAAUUGUAAGUCUAACUGACUAAAUGGAACAUCUCUAAAAUUAUGGCACUGACUCUGUGGAACUUAGAAAAAUUUCUUGAAAGCAAUUUUAUAGCUCGUCUUGCUUUUCUUCAAGAUCUGUGGAUAAGAAAAAAACUCAAAUCUAUGUUUCAACUUGAAGUAAGUGCUAACAAAGUAUCCCAAAAGAUGUUCAUUUUCAUGUAAUUUUAAAAUGACAGCAAAGUCUAUUAAAAACAUUUAAUUCCUAUGAACCUCAUGAUUUUAUAUUUCUGUGUUUGCAAGUUUCCUAACUAUAUUUUUUAAAUGAAAGAAAAUAAUAAAAAAAGAUCUAAUUAA